AUGCCACAGCCAUCUCCCACCGCAUCACCGCGGCACAAACCAUGGGUUGAAUCACCGUAUUUAGUUUCUUUACUCGCAGGCGGACUAUCAGGCACAACCGUCGAUCUCUCCCUCUACCCCCUCGACACACUAAAAACGCGCCUCCAAUCCUCAUCCGGAUUCGCCGCAAGCGGCGGCUUCAACGGUAUAUACCGCGGUGUCGGGAGUGCGAUUGUCGGGUCCGCGCCGGGCGCAGCCUUAUUCUUCGUUACAUACGAUGGCGUGAAGCGACUUUACAAUGGUGGGAAGGGUAAGGAUGCAGCGGUUGUACAUAUGGCUGCGGCGAGUCUGGGCGAGGUAGCAGCGUGUGCGGUGCGCGUGCCGACGGAAGUCGUGAAGCAGCGGGCGCAGGCGAGUCAGUUUCCGUCGUCGCGGAGUGCGCUGAUGCAUAUCCUGGGGCAACGGCGCGAGAGAGGGGUGCUGCAUGUGUGGCGGGAAUUGUACCGCGGGUGGGGGAUUACGAUUAUGAGGGAGGUGCCGUUUACCGUGAUUCAGUUUCCGCUCUGGGAGGCGAUGAAGGGGUGGCGGACGAGACGAACGGGGAGAGCGCAGGUGAGUGGGUUGGAGGGGGGUGUGCUGGGGAGUGUGGCCGGGGCGGUAGCUGCGGCGGUGACGACGCCGUUGGAUGUGCUUAAGACGAGGAUGAUGCUGGCGAGGGAGAAACAACCCAUGGUUAGUAUGCUGAGGAGUAUCAUGCGGGAAUCGGGCCCUAGGGCAUUCUUUGCGGGGUUGGGACCGCGUGUAGGUUGGAUUAGUGUUGGCGGAGCCAUCUUCCUGGGUUCAUAUCAGUGGGCUAGUAAUCUGCUGGGAGGUGUAGAACAGGAGUGA